AUGGGUGCAAUCGCUCAGAUGAAACUCCUCGGGAGUUUAGCAUAUACUCAGUUAAUACUGACGUCCGACUACGGUCUCCUAGCAGACCGUCUCACUCACGCUGAGUUGCUCUGCUGCCUCACGCCUGCCAUGUCCUGGCUCACGCCUGCCAUGUCCUGGCGAACAGCAUCAGCUCGGAACCCUGAACACAUCCAUCGACUCCUCUUUUGGCUUUUCAUAUUAUUGUCCUUAGAGAGUAUUUCGUUUAAAGCGCGUUUCUUAUGUUAG